AUGGCGCCCGUCACACAGAUCAUGUACUUCAAGACCUCUUCGUCCUACCUCCAGGAUCCCUCUCGCUUGAUCUCUGAGCUUGCAACCAAAAGUGCAGCAGACAAAAUUGAAGGGCUUUCUAAGGCAUACCUUGGCUUCGAGACAGAGGAUUCAACCAAUGCAUUCUGGGUCUUCGAGUGGGCUUCCUUGGCCGCGCAUGAUGCAUAUCGUCAGACAGAAGCUUUCAGGGCUAUACAAGCAACUGCUCAGCAAAUCUAUACGGGCAAACCGAAACAUGUGUUUGUCAACUUUUCCGACACUACUCAGAUCUUUUCUGCUCCAGUGACGGAAUUUGUUACUUUCACUCUCAAGGAGGGUGCCAGUAUAGACAAGCUUGAGCCCCUCGUUGCACAGCUUCAGACCGGGCUUGCAGGGACACCAAACUUCUAUGGCUCGAGCUGGGCUCCUGUCAUUGAUAAGCCUAACGUGAUUCACGGCGUGUUGGGAUGGGAGAGUGUGCAGGCACACUGGGAUGCUGUUAGCUCAGGCCCGCUCAAGGCUAUCAUUGAUCAAGUGAAGGAGGUUGCCGACCUUUGGCUUGUCCACGCCAUACUGGCGCAAUCCAGAUGA